AUGUACGCAAAAGUUAAAGGUAACAAAAAAAACGCUUUAUCUCUAGCAUUCUUAAUUACUGGAAUCUGUAUUUCAUUCGCAACUGGAGUUAUUACUGCAUUUAUGUCUGAUAAUGGUUGCUCUCCAGCCUUUAUUGCAGUUGCAGUUUUUAGUUUCCUUUACUUAGUUGUAAAUCUUGCACUUAUUUUUUCUGCUAAAGUUUGGGAAAGAUUAGCUACUUGGAUUAUCUUUGUCUUAUUGAUAGGUAUUUUGAUUGUGACUUUAAUUGGUUUAGGUUACGCUGCAUAAUAAUCAAUAUGUUAGAUAAACAUCUGUGGUAGAAGCUACUAAAAGUAUAAUGAUGAUUUUUGGAAUUCAAGUUUAAUGAGUACUGCUAAGAGUAAUGCUAAUUGUGAUAAUAUAAAUAAUGAUUCAUUAGCUGAUAGUGUUUUAGUAGCAAUGUCCUUUUAUAAAAAUGGUUAAAAUCCUGGAAGCAGCUUUUACAUUAGAAGAGGUUGGCCUAUUUCUUUCACAGUUCUUUAAUUUAUUUUAAGUCUUGUUUAAAUUGUAUUAACAUUUUUAAACUUAUACUCUUGCAGUGGUUGCAAAGCUUCUCCUAUUAAUAAAGGAGUUUCAUAUUGA